CCCGGGCUGCCCCCCGGUGCCGCCGCCGCCGCCCUCCUGGUCUCCGGCCCCGACGGGGAGAUGCUCUGGCUGGACGUCGCCCACCGGCCCGGGCAGGCGCCCCGGGUGCGACUCAUGGGACGGUACCUGCUGCCCCCCUGCAAGCAGCGCUGGCACACCUGCGCGGCCUUCCUGCCCCAGGGAGGGCUCCUGGUCUGCGGGGACCGCCGGGGCUCCCUCCUCCUCUUCCCUUGCAGCAGCUCCCUGGAGUGGGCUGCAGAAAGCUCCGGCGGUGCCGAUGGCGGCACCGACCCAGGCGGCGAGGACUCCGGCAGCGGGUCGGAGCCCUCUCGCUUGUUGUGCAAAGGGGCUCUUCCCCUCGAGACCCCGCUGUCCGUGCUCUUCGGGCUCCACGGGAAGACGGGGGUUACCUCGGUGACCUGCCACGGGGACUACAUUUACAGCACCGGCCGGGACGGCUGCUACCGCCAGCUCCGCCUGCGGGGCCAGCAGCUGGAGGUCCUGCGGAAGCACCGGCCCUGCAAAGGGCUGCAGUGGAUUGAGGAGCUGCGCUUCGCCCCGGAUGGGGACCUCCUCGUGCUGGGCUUUCAUGCCGACAACUUCGUGGUGUGGAGCAGCAGGACCGGCGAGAACCUCCACUGCAUCCCCUGCGGUGGGGGGCACCGCUCCUGGAGCUACUGCAGCAGCCCCUCGGCCGAGGCCUUCGCCUUCAUCAAGUGCGGGGACGUGAUGCUGUACCGCUGCGAGGCCGAGCCCCGCGAGCAGCAGGUGCUCCUGGCAUCCCUGCACGGGCGGGAGAUGGCCUGCGUACGGCGCCUGGGGGCGGUGGAGGUGCCUGGCCAUGCUGCCCUUAACAUCUUCGUCACCGGCAGCGAGGACACCACGGCCUGCGUCCUGGCGCUCAGCGAGGGCUCCCGGGCAGCUGUGCCCCUCGCCCGGCUCAGUGACCACAUUUCCAGCGUGAGAGCGCUGGCGCUGGCUGGCCCCGCGGGACCCGGUGACGAGGGCUUCGGUGACGAGGGUUUGUCUGCCCUGCUCUUCUCUGCGGGUGGCCGGGCACAGAUCGAGUGCUACCGCCUGCUGUGUUCCAGGGACCCAGCUUCCGAGAGCGCUGUGGCCUGCCAGGUCAUCCAUGUAGCCUCCCACCGGCUGGACGAGCACUGGGAGCGGAAGAAGAACAGGCACAAGCUUGUCAAGAUGGACCCGGAGACAAGGUACAUGUCCCUCUCGGUCGUGCCUGGGACCAGCACCGAGCAGCUGCCAAUGCCCUGGAAGUUCCUGGCUGCUGCCUGCAGUGACGGAUCGGUCCGGGUCUUCGGGCUGCUGGAGGCCACCCAGAAGCUGGUGCUGGUGGCGGAGUCAUUUCACCACCAGCGCUGCGUGCUCAAGGUGGAGGCAUUCCUGCAUAUGCGGGCAGGAGGGGAGAGGAGGCACCUCCUGUGCAGUGCAGCCACUGACGGCAGCGUUGCCUUCUGGGACAUCACCGGCGCUGUUGCGGAUGCGGCGGACGCCCUGUGCCGAGAGGAGGGAGAGAUGCAGCUCCUGGCCCUGGGCGCCCCGCUGCUCACCAUCAUGGCCCACAGCUGCGGUGUGAACAGCCUCCACGUCCACGAGACGCCGGAGGGACGGUACCUGGUGGCCAGCGGCAGCGAUGACGGCUCCAUCCACCUCUGCCUGCUGGAGGUAGCCCUGGGCGGGGGCGAGGCCGUGGCGGGGACCUGCCUGCGUGUCCUGGAGCGGGUGGCCAGGCCCUGCGCCCAUGCCGCCCACGUGACGGGAAUCCGGGUGCUGCGGCCGGACCUGCUGCUCUCCGCCUCGGUGGACCAGCGCUUGACGCUGUGGCGCCGGGGCCCGGGCGGGCUGGACACGCUCAGCACCACCUUCUUCCACGUGCCUGACCUGGCUGAGCUGGACUGCUGGGAGGUGGCAGAGGCCGGCAGGGAGCUGCAGUACUACUGCGUGCUCUGUGGGCAGGGUCUGGAGAUGCUGCAUGGUACGGCUCCCCCCGAGCCCCCUCCGCCGGAGGCUCACCAGUAA